AUGAAUGACGAGGACGACUACGAGAAUGGCGCAAGCUCCGCCGAGGAGGAAGAUGAGCAGGAGGAGGCAGAUGCCAUGGAUGUAGACGAGGAAGAAGAGGGCGACGACGGAGACGACGGCGACAAUGAUGAUGACGACGCAGAAGGGGACAACGACAACGACGAUGAGGAUCAGGACCAAGAUCAAGACCAGGAUGAACCGGACAGCCCUUCACAGCGACCGCGCGGUAGCAUACCCAACGGAGGUACACCUGGCCAGUCUGACGCGAACCCUGCCGUUACCUUCACCUCACCCAGCCCUCGAGCGGCGGCUUCAGGCGUCCUCGGCAACCUGCCCUUCCACCCCAGCGUGCGCCAAGAGGCCUUGAACGCGCCCAUAUACGACAUAAUACCCACCAUCGCCGCACCACACAGUACUUCGAUCAAUGCGAUUACGGCAACGCCGGAUAUGCGGUGGGUCUUCAGCGGAGGCGCAGACGGCUAUAUACGCAAGUUCAAUUGGGUAGACACGGCAAACGGGAAGCUUGCGCUGACCGUGGCCCAGCGGCAUCCCUUUGUGGAUUCCGUCACAAAGGCGGGAGUGCUUCUAUCAUACUGGGAGAACGAAGACAGUGCUGCGGCCGAGAGCUUGUCCCCUGUAUACUCGCUCGCAGUGCACCACCAAGCGCUAUGGCUGCUAUCAGGUCUAGAUUCAGGAGGCAUAAAUCUGCAAUCGGUGCGCCAUCAGGAAGGAACGCGGAUACAUACACUCAAGAACCACACCUCAGCCGUGUCCGUCUUGACACUAUCGCAGGAUGAGACGUCGGUAUUGAGCGGUAGUUGGGACAAGACCAUCAACGACUGGGACUUGAACACCGGCCAAGUCAAGAGGAAGUUUGAGACUAGCGGUGGUCAGAUUGCCGCAAUUGAGCAACGCCCGCUCUCUACCCUUCCUAUACCCCAAGACACGGAAACUCUCCCGCUCUCCAACGGCACUUUCUCGUCCAACAACUCCGCCCGGCCCCGGCCCAACGGCAUCUUCUCGAAUGGUGUCGACACAAAGCCCGUCAUACCAAAAGAAGAAGGCACAGAGGAUGCUCAAGGAUCUCCAGAUGACUCGUUAUUCGGAGACAAGGACCAGGACUCCUUAUUUGGCGACGGCCAGGAGAACAACCUCUCCGCGACUCUUCCUUCGUUCGGUGACGAUGACGACGAGUUCUCGAGAGCCAUUGCGAACGGAAUACAACAGGCGGACGAGGACGCCAAUGCUGAUAUGGAUAUGAUGGACAUGGGCGGCCCUGUACAAGCGCCCGAGGAGCCAGCUGCGGAGCAAGUGAAGGAACCUCCAGCAGCCGCUGAGACACACCCAGCAGUAAAUGGAAAUGCAGAUGCGCAACUUAACGGCACUUCGAACGGCCUACCACAUGCAGAGGAUAUCGAACAACCUGCCAUCACCUCCGCAAACCAAACCGAACAGCCAGAUUCCUCCGAGACAACCUUCUUCGACGCGUCAAUGGACGGUACAUUACGCAUCUGGGACCGCCGGCAACCAAACCCAGUCGCACGUAUAACACCCCCACGAAACACACCACCAUGGUGCAUGAAUGCAUGCUGGUCACCAGACGGCAACUUCAUCUACGCCGGUCGGCGAAACGGCACAGUGGACGAGUACAGUCUGCACAAAAGCCUACGAGAGCCGCGACGAACAUUCAAAUUCCCCAGCGUCAGUGGCGCAGUAAGUGCUGUUCGGGCUAUGCCCAACGGACGACAUCUCAUUUGCGCGUCAUACGACAUCCUCCGCCUCUAUGAUCUCACUCACGACGAUGCGGGCCCGAAAGCCGGCGCGGCCGCGACGCCCUUCUUCAUCGUCCCCGGACAUCGCACAGGCGUCAUAUCGCAACUGUACCUCGACCCGACAUGCAACUUCCUCAUCUCAACUGGUGGAAACAGAGGCUGGGAGGGAGCAUCCACCGAGGUGAUGCUUGGCUAUGAGAUCGGCAUCGGGUCUUAG